AUGUCGCAGGAGAGGAUCGGCCGCAAAGUUGAGGCCAAAGAUGACACUGACAAGACCUUGAGCGCAUCACUACAAGGCGCAGGAUAUCUAGUAUUGUUACAAUUAUCCACUCGGGCUGCAUCCUUUAUACUCAACCUGAUCUUGCUCCGGCUCACUUCUUCACGUGUACUGGGCGUGGUAUCCGUCGAGCUCGAACUGAUAUUAUCUACCAUUCUCUUCCUGUCACGAGAAGCUGUGCGCAUGGCUACACUCCGUGCUUCGUCGUCGUCUUCAUCAACAUCAGACAAGUCAACCGAGUCAGACAAGGAUAAAGUUUUGCAACGUGUAGUUAAUAUGUCAUAUGUCAGUAUUGCAGCGGGAUGUACUCUCAUCCUGAUCGUAUUAGUAUCGCAGGUAGCUCUCCAUCGUCAGCAUAUGUAUGUCGCUGUAGGUCUAUACUGUUUCGGUGCCUUCCUGGAGCUCCUGAGUGAGCCAAUGUAUGUCGUCACUCAACUCAAGCUCCAAUAUAAUGUCCGUGUCAGAGCUGAGGCUACUGCUUGUGUGAUCAAGUCACUGGCGACACUGGCUAUCAUAUACGGCCUUUCAUUGUACGGCUCUAUCACUGAAGGUUCGGCUAUCAUCGCCUUCGCAGCAGCUCAGAGUGUUAAUGGUCUAGUCCUUCUGUCGUCCUAUUGGUACAGUGUUGGCAAGUUUCUUACUCCUAAAAAACUUGAAUCAAACAAGUACUUGGAUUAUAACAUGCUUCAGCUGUCUUUCGCCUUUGCUAUGCAAUCCAUAAUCAAACACCUUCUCACAGAAGGAGACAAGAUUGUAUUGGUUGGGAUGGCCAGUGCUGACGAUAUGGGCGUCUAUGCAUACGUACUAAACUAUGGAUCACUCAUUGCUCGUAUUCUCUUUUCACCAAUUGAGGAGACUAUGCGUAACUACUUCUCGAAAACCUUGAACACCGGGACUAGCCAGCAAGCGAAGUCAAUACGCUCCGUCAUAUCAAUUGUAGUACUACUACUCAAAACACACAUAAUCAUUGGGAUGGCUUUCAUCUUCUUUGGAACAACCUACUCAUCAGCAUUAGUAUCGAUACUGGGAGGCCGACAGUGGAUUCUAACAUCUGCACCACUUGCUUUUGCAGCCUUCUGUCUGUUUGUCCCGUUCAUGGGUGUAAACGGUAUCACUGAAGGCUUCAUGCAAAGUGUAGCCUCCGAAAAACUCCUUCACGCCCAGACUCUUCAAAUGAUAGCUCUAUGGCUGAUAUUCUUUGCCAGUGGCUGGGUAUUCGUAGGUUGGAUGAAAUGGGGUGCUGUGGGUCUGAUAUUUGCCAAUAUGGUUAAUGUCGGUAUGAGGAUUUAUAUGUCAUCCGCAUUCAUCAAAGGAUAUAUCCACGAUAUGUCUAAAAAGGUCGAUGAUCCUUCGUUGGAGCGUAUCUGGAGCUUGAAGACGCUCGUGCCAAGAAACCUGACGUUUUGGGUCUUGUGUGGUGUCAGCUGGGUCAUCACAGUAUGGUCUGAAGGAAAUAUUGGUAUUUCAAGUAUACGACAUCUUAUCGCCCACAUUAGCGUGGGUGUAGUAUGUUUUGUCAUUACCUUUGCUGUUGGGGUGAAGAGUGAGGAGGAGCACUUCAUGAAACUCAAAUCGUUCUUCCAGGGCCGCAAUUAG